AUGACAGACUAUCAAAUCACGGACAAGAAAUUCUGGGAAAUUGCUGACUCCAAGCUUUUGUUUUUCGGUGCUCAGUUCACCCGUGAGAUCAUCACAAGAUCUGAAGGUGUUUACGUUUACACCAGUGAUGGUAAGAAGAUCUUGGACUUCACCUCUGGUCAAAUGUCCUGUUUGAUUGGCCAUUGUCAUCCUGAAAUCAACAAAACCAUUGCUGAAAGUUCCUCAACUUUGGAUCACAUUUUUUCAGGAAUGUUGUGUCCAUCGGUCAUUGAGCUUGCCGACAAACUUACUGGUCUCUUGCCUCCUGGUUUGGAUAAGACCACUUUUUUCAGUACCGGUGGUGAAUCCAAUGAAUUUGCUAUCAAGUUGGCCAAGUGUGCUACUGGAAAGUUCGAGAUCGUUGGUUUAUCUCUCUCAUGGCACGGUAUGACCGCUGCUGCCAGUUCCUGUACAUACCAAGCAGGUAGAACUGGCCAAGGCCCCUUGACUCCAGGUUCCUUGGUCUUGCCAAGUCCAAACGCUUAUAGAUCCAUCUUCAGACACCCAGAUGGUAGUUAUGACUGGAAGACCGAGUUGGAAUACGGGUGGUCUUUGGUUGAUGCUCAAAGCACUGGGUCUUUGGCUGCUGUCAUCAUUGAGCCAGUGAUGUCUUCUGGUGGUAUGCUCGUUUUGCCAGACGGGUACUUAAAAGAAAUGAAAAGGCAAUGUGAAAAGAGAGGUAUGCUUUUGAUUGUCGAUGAAGCGCAAACUGGUAUUGGUAGAUGUGGUUCGAUGUUUGCUAUCGAAGACAUGGGAGUUACCCCUGAUAUUUUAUGUUUAAGUAAAACUUUGGGUAAUGGUUUGCCAUUGUCAGCUAUUGUCACUAGUGACGCCAUUGACAAAAAGGGUCAAGAAAACGGAUUCUUGUUCUACACCACCCAUGUCAACGAUCCUAUUCCUGCUGCCGUCGGUGCCAAAGUCUUAGACAUUGUUAUUCGUGACAACUUAGUGGAAAACUCCAGAAUCAGAGGUGAGCAAUUAUACCAAGGGCUCCUCAAGUUUAUGGAACAAUACCAAGCCAUUGGUGAUGUCAGGCAUAAGGGCUUGAUGUUUGGUUUGGAAAUCGUGAAGGAUAGAGCGACCAAAGAAAGUGAUCCUACCAAGGCAGCUUUGUUAGCCAGUAUUAUGAUGAAACACGGUCUCUCGGCUAACCUUAUUGCUGUCAAGGCCUUUGGUGGUGUUUUCAGAAUGGCUCCACCAAUUUCUAUCACUGAAGAAGAAAUCAAUGAGGCUCUCAGAAUCAUAGGAAUUGCUUUCAAGGAAGUUUAUGGUUAA